CUGUUCGAUUGUCAACAACACACUACAGCAUAAUACAGCCAAUAUCCAGUAUCUACCGUUCAACGUAGACAACACGUACAGCAAACACCGUUUGAAAAUAACACCCCUGAAGAAUAUGACGCUAUCGGAGAGGUGAACGACCAUCACACCAUACAAAUAUUUUCAAAAAAUAUAGAUAGUGCUAGUAGAUAUAGUGUGAAAACAAAGUGAUAACAUAAUUUCUAACACUGGUUUGAUUGUUUGAAUAAUAGAAUAGAGAUGUUGAUUAAUGCUGACUACGAACAAAAAUACCACCAAGUACAGGGUGUAGAACUGGAAGAAGAUGAGUUUGAUACAUACAAAGAUAACACUGGAAAAAUUCAAUCUGUAAGGAGAUUUACUUGGAGAAACUCAAAGGGAGUUUCUGUUCAAGUUAUCACUUAUGGAGCAACUAUUACAUCUAUAAGACUACCAGACAAAAAUGAUACCACUGACGAUAUUGUUAUGGGAUUUGAUGAUAUGAAAGGGUAUUUAAAUCCAUUAAAUCCAUACUUUGGAGCAACCGUUGGACGCGUAGCUAAUCGUAUUGGUAAUGCACAGAUUAAUAUAGAUGGUGAAAUUUACAAAGUAACCGCAAACUUGGGAAAGCACACUCUUCACGGUGGGAAAAUAGGAUUUGAUAAAGUCAACUGGAAUCAUUAUGUAUCUGGAACAAAGGUUAUUUUAAGUUACCUGUCAAAAGAUCUCGAAGAAGGGUUUCCUGGUGACGUUAUAACUAGCGUAGAAUAUCAACUGACUGAUGAUAAUAGAUUUCUAGUUGAGUUUAAGUCAACUUCUUCUAAACCUACCUAUGUUAACUUAACCAAUCAUUCAUAUUUUAACUUAGCUGGACACGAUACCGGAGCUACGGAAGUUUAUAAACAUUUGAUUUCUAUUAACGCUGAUUAUACAACCGAUGUAGAUGAAAAUUCGAUACCAUCUGGUAAGCUUCUUCCCGUAUCUGACACAAUUUUUGAUUUACGCAUUCCUAAAGUUCUCGGAAAUGUGAUUAACAAAAUACCAAACUACUUAGGAUAUGAUCACAAUUUCUGCGUUACGAAAGGGUCUACUCAAGAAAACACAUUUGUCUCCAGAGCAUAUCAUCCACCAUCUGGCAGAGUAAUGGAAAUUUAUAGUAACCAACCUGGAGUACAAUUUUACACAUCUAAUCAUAUUCCUGAGGAUCCAAAAGAAUUUAAAGGUGAUCAAAAGGACCUACAGAAACUAACUGGGAAAGGAGGAGCACAUUAUUACAAACAUGGAUCAUUUUGUUUCGAGACUCAAAAUUAUCCUGAUGCCAUAAACCAUAAAAAAUUUCCACCCGCUGUAUUGUAUCCUGGAAAUAAAUACCAUCAUACUGUCGAAUAUAGAUUUUUUAUAAAACAAGCUUAAUUUCAUUAAAUCUAAGCGAAUUAUUUUAAUUAUAUAUCGUUUUAAAAUAAAUAUUAUUUAUCAAGUCGA